AUGAAGGCCUCCGUCUCUGCUCUUCUCGCCUUUGCCGCUGCCGUUCUCGGCAAGCCCGUCCUCCUCAACUCUGGCUACGCCAUCGAGGAGGGUGUUCCGUUCACCUUCAAGUGGAGCGGCGCUGAAGGCCCGGUCACCCUCACUCUGAUGACGGGCGACCCGUCUAACCUCAAGCCCGUCUACACUAUUGUUUCCGGCGUGACCGACAGCCAGUUCACCUGGACUCCCAGCGACAUCCCCUCGGGCACGUAUGCGGUUCGCAUCUCUGACGAAAGCGGCGAGCCCAACUACAGCACCCAGUUCAGCUAUCUGGGCACUGCCACUGCUUUCCCUAGCCAGACCGUCUCGGAGACGUCGGCUGUGACCACCGCUACUUCCGCGUCUCUGACCACUUUGUCCACCAUUACCACGACAUCGGAGGCUACGGCCACCACCGAGGAGAGCUCCACUACCACCGAGGAGACCACCACCACUGAGACCAGACACUCUACCACUACCACUGGGUCUGCCACAACGACCCGUGUUGAUCCUACGGUCACUCCCGAUAACACCAACGCCGGCCAGCGCUUCGCCUCGCCGCUUGCCCUCGUCCUCGUUACUGUUGCCGCUCUCGUCUUCUUCAACUAG